UCGGUUUGCUGAACUUAAAAAAAGGUUUAGCAGUAGAAGGUUCUUCCCUCCGAUACACGGGAAGAUCCUUUAAUGGCUCCGUAGAAAUUUUUAUUGCGUUUUUGUAAUCGUGAACCUGUCUGGAGACUUUUUCGUAACCACGGAACUUUUUUUGAGGGUUCAGUAGAGCACUAAUUUUUUUUAGAGUGAAGAUUAACAUAAUGUACAGAUAGAGAGAGAGAGAAAGACGUAAACAUUGCACGGGGAUCAAUGGAUCUAUAAAACAUAAAAAUCUCAUUUGUAAAAAAAUGCACGACAUGCAAUGAAACGGAUGCAACAAAAACCUACUAAAUAUUUUACCCUGCUGAUUAAAAUAGUUUCAGAUACUAAUACAUUUUUUAAUGAAAAGCGAACUCCAUCAUAAACUCAUAAGAUUCGGUAGUUUAUUCUGUAUAAUACAACGCUACAAUACUAUUUUGAUUUUAGCUAGUUUGCAACAGAUAUAUUUUGAGAAAAUGAACCGAAUAUUUGCUGAAUGAACUACGAUAAAAAUCACUCACUAUCAUGUAGAACUUUUCCAGUCAGAGUUUCCGUGAACUUCUGCUUGGUUCAUGAGAUUGAAAAAUUCAUCAAUAUAUAAAUAGGAUUCAAUUUUUUUCGUAUGAGUAGCUCAGUAAUGCUCUUUGUUAAAAGACUUAGUACUUUCGGUAUUUAAGUUCUGUAUUUCAUACUUGGGUACUUCCGAAACAUUGUGCGUUACGUUUUGAAAUAACCCAUAUUUUUUGUUCCCUAUACCAUUAGAUUAUUAGGUUCCACGUAGUGUCAAGAUCGAGAUUAUUGAUGAUAAUGUACUUUUCUACUAAUUGAAAUACAUAUGUAACGCUAUCAAUUAAUAAUAUUAUCAUGGCGACGAAUUGUCCUAGUGCCGACUAUCCAUUCAUUCUUAGGUGAACAACGCAAUUCUGGAAAGCCACGAACUAUUAAACCAGGCGACUUGAAACUUGAAAAAGAAUGGACACUUGUGGAAUAUCUAUUGAUUGAUGAAAUGAGUUUGGUUGGUUUGACUUUACUUGGAAAACUCAAUCGAAUUCUUUGUGCCGCUAAACAUGCCGAUCCACAAAUUCCAUUCGGUGAUUAUUUACAGUACCGGCCAGUAUACGAUGCUCCAUUACACACUGACUUUUCGCCGGAAAAUAAAAAGAAACCCAACUACGUGUUGCACGUUCUUUAA